UUUCUGAGAAGUCCCGCCGCCUUCUGAGAAAGCCUUCUCCUUCUCACUUCCCCCUCCCUCACUCGCCGCCGAAGUUGGGGUGGGGCCGCGCCGAGGGCGUUGCAGUGCGGUGCGAGGCGUUCAGACCGGCCCUGUUGGGCCUUUGGGUCCCUGCGCGACACGCUUGGGGCGCGUGCGCCAGUGCCUACGAUGAGACCAUCGCUGCCGUUGUACUCUUGAUAAACUCGCCUUAAGGAAUUGGGGGUAGCAUGCUGCUUCAUCUGGUUCCGAGAGGCGGUUGGCGACGCCCAGGGCCGCGCGCGCGACCGCCCUGGAGUCGUUCCGAGAGACUUUGCGUGUCUUUGGUGCUCGUCAUUGCGACGGACCUGCCGUUCAGCAUGCUGCUGACGACCUUGCGGCGUCUCGUGGCGUUCGUCGUUUCCCUAUCGAUGGACCUGCUGAGUUUCAGCGUACGCCCGCUGAUCCUGGUCCUGCUGAUGUACUUCUUGAAGGGCUUGCGGAGGACCUUCUCGCUCAGCGUGACGUUCCUCUUGCCGCUCAGCCUAAGCCGAAGCCUACCGAUGGUGUUUCUGACCUCAUCGGUCCUGCCAGCGUUGUGCUUCUGGGUCGUCCUCCCGUUGUUUCAGUUGAUCUUCCUGCGCCUGUGGUUCAACCUGAGCGUGCCUAUGCGCGAGUUCGCCCUGAUGCCGGACCUAGUGAUCCAGUUUCUCACUGACCUCCGGGGGUCUUUGCAGGCGACCCUGAGGUUCAACGUGGCGUUCUUGUUCCCGUUCGGCCUUCGCCAGUUCACCUCGUGCCUGCCGCGCCUGGGCCUGCCGAGCCAGGCGGCGAUGGCCCUCUCACGCCUGCCGCUGGCCUCGAGCCCGCUCGCGUGCCUCGUGGAACUGAGCACGAAGCUCUUGAUGCAGCUCGUGAAUAGGAAGAUGUACUCUCCGGAUCAGUCCACUUGGACUCUCAGCAUGGUGGGCCUGUUCUUCCAGAGGAGUGGUUGAGAUGAUGCGCUGAACGCGCCGCGCAUGGCACUUCGCAGCCAUUUGUGCGGCUAGGCCGACGGCUCGACCUUCAAUCUUCAAUUCCUGAGCCUGCCCCACUUUGUCGAGAUUGUGUUCGACUGCGUAGCAUUGCCGCCGCAAAGCGGGCGGUCAAGUGCCCCCGGUGUCGGCGGAAAGCCUUCUGGGACUCCUGAGAUGGAGCUGGCCUUCGACCUUUCCCCCCUCCCGCUCCUGUGUCUUAGCGGUAGGUUCUGUGACGUAUGAGGCGGGCGCUGGUGGGAGAUGCGGAGGUUGAGGUCGACGAUUCGCGCCGCGAUUUCGUAUGCGCUGCAGCUGUGGCU